UGCCAAGCUUACUUCCGUGUUGUCAGUGACGUCAAUGACUAAACUAAUAAUUGAGUGUGAUAGUCGACUGUGUUUACAUUACACUCCCUUUCAGAAUUCGGUGGACGAUUUCUGCAAUUUCAGUCAAUGUAGAUCUAUUUGUUUUUGUAUUCAUGCAGCGUGUUCUAGUGAAAUCACUUUAGUGAUGUAAUUAUAUUUGAGGCAACCACACCAACGGUAUACUUUGAUUGACAGGAUUCAGGGCCAUUCAGGAACACCAUUGCGAUUGCCAUUGUGGCUCGCCUGCCUGUGCAACUAAAACCGAACCUGAACCAGAAUUAAGAAGAGUAGGGAGUAAGUGGGCUUCACUUACAACUUGACUGACACACUGGAGGGAAACCGGCUUGCUGUGGAACUUUGGGGAAAAAUCAACAUUGAUACUUGUGAGGAGUCUGGUGAUAAGUCUGGAAUGUCUGGGGCAGCCAGUCAAGCACUGGCCACCCAAGCAGUACGGGCGAAGUCCGACUCUAAAUAUGUGAAACUGAACGUAGGUGGCACCCUGCACCUGAGCACCAUCGACACACUAUGUAAGCAGGACACGAUGCUGCGUGCAAUGUUCAGUGGCAGAAUGGAUGUGUUGCACGACGUGGAAGGUUGGGUCCUCAUUGACCGAUGUGGAAAACAUUUCGGCACCAUUCUGUCUUACUUGAGGGACGGGUCCAUCAUGCUGCCAGAAUCUUGUCGGGAGCUGAAUGAGCUUCUCCAGGAGGCCAAGUACUACUGUGUGCAGGAGCUCAUCAGACAAGUGGAGGAAGCUCUGAGUGUGCGAGACCCUGAGCCCAUUUGUCAGGUGCCACUCAUCACUUCAUCACGGGAAGAACAGAUGCUCAUUGCCAAAAUGACAAAGCCGAUGGUCAAAUUGAACUGUAACAGGCACAACAACAAAUAUUCCUACACAAGUAUGUCUGAUGAUAACUUCCUGAAGAACCUGGAGCUGUUUGACAAGCUGUGUCUGCGGUUCAGCACCAGGAUCCUGUUUGUGAAGGACACACUGGGCAACACUGAGAUCUGCUGCUGGUCUUUUUACGGGCAUGGUCAGAAGAUUGGGGAAGUGUGCUGCACCUCUAUUGUGUAUGGCACUGACAAGAAACACACUAAGGUUGACUUUCCUGAGGCGCGCAUCUUUGAAGAAACUUUGAACACUCUGCUGUACGAACACCGUGGGAAAGGACCCGACGCAGAGCUCAUGCAGGCCACUCGGGGUUACCGUGACCGUGGAAACGGGUACCACAGCGAUGAUGAGGAUGAGAAAUUUGACAGAGCUUUGAGACGAAAAUAGAUACUGGUAUCCACAGACAGAUCUGAGUUGAAAAUAAAUACCGGUAUCAAGGGAAUGUGAUGUUGGUUUUUACACCUUGGCAAGUUGAUGCUCUUAGAAUUACUUAGUCUGUUAUUUAUUGACUUUCUCUGUGUACGAAUGAUGUGAAUGCUUUGGACUGACUGGAUGUGCACUGACCUGACAUUGAGUGGACAAUUUUGUGAAGCAUUGCCCUCUGACUUUUUUUGUGAAGUUCACCAAUUUUUUGUGUUUAUAUUUUAGGCGUUAUUGUUGCUCAGCUCAUGUGUUUUGAAAUGAAGGUCACGCUCUUGUAUUUUAAUUUUAAUUAAUUGUUAUUUUUGACCAAAACAUUAAUAAUUUCAAGCGUGCAUGUUUUUGUGUCAUGUAAAAUGAAUUAACUCAAAUCUUCAUUAUGUGCUUUCAUGAGUUUUGUGUCUAGUUGCUCAGUAUUAUUGGCAAGUUUGGACUCCUAAUUUGAAUGGAUUGACCUUGCCGUCUCGCUUCUAUAUACAACACAUGGUUCAUGUAAGCAGUUGUGCUUUGCUCUUUAAAAAAUGUUAAAUGGCAGAUACUUGUACCUGUACAAUUUGAGCUUUCACAUGCAAUUUGGUACACAAAUUACGACAAUGUUAAGAGAGAAAUAUUUGAAUACCCUUUGGAAAAUUUAUGAAAGUAUGAACUGUCUACUCUGAAAUUAGGACUCCUUAAUUAAAGUGUAAUUUUGGAGUUUCAUCUUCUCACCAUGUCUACAGCCGAGUAUGUUGUGAAGAAGGAGAAGUGACUUCAUGAAAAAUGAAGGCAUCAUAUUUAUAUAGAGAGAAAUGUGUACCGAAGUGUAUUGUGUUAUAUUUAUGAGCAGGCACCUCCAUGGUUUCGAAGGCCUGUAAAAUAGGCCUUUGAUUCAUGUGAAGAACUGACUGCUUUGAAGCAUGUCAUGAUGUUGUAGUGAAAAUUUGAGCUACCGGUACUGCUCAAGUGCAAUGAUCUGUAAUACAUGUAUUGAAUUGCUGCGGCAUUUUGUGAACCUCAUCAGAAGUGCAUCUGUAGUGGUUCGUUUUGGGGCUAACACUUUUGUGUUUCGGGUCAUCUUUGUGUAUGUGUGUUGGCUGUUGAAUCUGAAAAGAUUUCUAAUGUAUUUUGAUCACAUUGUAAAGUAAAUACUGUUGUAUCCACUGGUAUUCCAUUCGCUAUGAUGGAGGGCUUGUUAGGUUACUUCUAGGUGAAGCUGUUCAAUAUGGUGAAAAUGAUUGAUGUUACUUUUGGUGGUUCUUUCAUACCUGGUAGGCCUACCUAGCGGUACUCCCAUGCAUGAGUGUGGCUAAUCUUACCUGUACCGGUACCUCCAUGCAAGAGUGUAGUGUGUAGUAAGUUACAAAUCUUAUUCUGCCUUCUUUUCAAAGUGUAAGCCUACCUUUGAUUUUUUAAACUUUGUUUUAGGGUUCUUUUUUUUUUUUUUGAGUAGAAGUGGAAGUACCAUAUGGAACAUGUUCCAGUCUAACUACUCUGAAUCUGAGAUUUUUGCCACAACCAGUUCUACCUUUCAUGUUUGUGUCAAAAAUUAUGACCUGUAAGUGCACUAAUUUUGAUUGACCAAUCAAAGGUCUACUUUCACUGACAGUUAUUGCCACGAAAUUAUGCAUUCCAGACAAUGUGUGGCAUCAGUGGUGUGGCGGUUAGGCUCUCGGAUUCUCGACUGUAAGGAUCAUGGUGAGCCUGCCUGUAGACAGCAAUACACACAGCAUGUGACAAAAGCCUGCAUUUGCUUUGAGAGGGUGGAGUGCCCUUCGUUGAUCUAGAUGGAGGCAACAGUGCAACACAAUGUCAACUGCACCUAUGUAAAUAACUUUGAACAAAAAUAUUAAACUGCACAAAAUUUUGCAUGUGGUGUAAGCAAAAAAUACUUUUUUCUUGGUCAGACCUCUUAUAAACCUACUACAUGUAAUUACUAAUAUUAAAAGUUUAAAGAGUACCAAUGUGAACAGUAAGUAGGCCUAGGUCUAUUCCAACUGCGUAGACUUAUUCGACUUGCUGACUCACUUAUAGUACAAUGUAUAGUUAGGACUGGAACUCUUAUUAUCUUGGGAGUCACUUUUUUAGUAAAGAUCGUGAUUAUGAUUAUACUUAGAUGUUAUGCCAACGAUGACUUCUAUAUUUUUACUAUUAUAUACCGUAUGACUGAAUUUUGACUGAAUAAUGUAAACAUUUCUUUGACUCUCUCUUGACUAAAAUGUCUUAACCUGUUACUGGUUAUGAUUUUAUGUUCCAACUUACCAUAGUAAGAAAAGGGCUAGUUAGACAGAUAGGAUUAAGUUAAACUAUUAUUUUAAUGUGUCUGAUAUGGUCUACCACGAUGCAUUACACCAUAUUGGUGGAUGUUUGUAUGAUGUUGUCAUUGAUGCAUGUACUGGUUUUAUAUCAACGAGCUGUGUUGUAUUAAAAUCAAAAUAUUUGACUCUUGUUGUCUGGCAGGCUCUGACCGCGAUUGUCUGUGCCUGUGUUGGUCAAUUUGUGUUUUUUUUAUGCCAAAAAUAGUAAUGUGAAAUAAAAUUUACUAAUUGUUACAUCGGA